GAAGAGUCAAAAGAAAACGAAAUCAACUGUCAGUUAACCCAAACCGCAGAUCAUAAUUUUGAAAGAGGAAGCACAGAUGACAAUGGCUGGACAUUUUAUGAGGCAGUUGGAGAAAGAAUGGUUAGAAUAUUUAAGUCUUCAUUUUCGUAAUAAAAGGAAUCGUUCUCUGAUCAAAAAUAAUUUAUUUUAACGAGCUUUCGGCCACUAGACUGUUGUUUUCUUCAGGUACAAGUUCGUGCAGGAUAUCGUCAUUAUAAUCCGUUAGAUAAAAAAAAUCUUAAAUUAAGUAUAUGUAGCAUGUUUGAUGGGUAGAACCGCUGAACAUAAUACAUUCCGCCAAAAACUUGAUUAUCAAAUAUGGCGAUUUAGAACAGGCUUAAUUUAGAGCACAACGGGCGUAAUUUCAGGGACCAGGGAGUAGGGAGGGGGCCCCCAAUAAUUUUCCAUACAUGUUAGAUUUUUAUAAGCUAAGAACACUGAAAUCAUUCAGAUCAGUCAACAAUAUAUUUAUAACUUACAUAGCCAAGUAUAUUAGAUUAAAUGUCGUCUAUUAAGAAACUUUUUAACAGCAACUAGUAAAUUUAAUUGCAUUCCAGGGCCUAUGGAAUGUCUCAAAACUUCCCAGGAGAGCAUGCCCCCGGACCCUAACAAACUCACGCUUUAUCCAAAAAUGCCCCCUUAAGCCAAAAAUGGCUCCGCGAUCCCUGAAUUUAGUUGACCUCCAUCGGAAAUUUUACAAGCUUCCAUGGCUAGCAUGUGGUCGGUACAAGCUCGUUCGUUAGUCUGUUGAAAUGACCUCCCUCCCCUUGAAGAAUUUCCUGAGGACGGCCCUGAAUGCACAAUGAAAGAAACUGCUGAAAUUCUUGAAUUUCACUUCAAGCGAGAUAACAGCAUUUGCUUCCAUGUUGUAACAGACCUCCAACCUCUGAUAUAACUUCGCGGCUCACGCUGUAAAUAUUACUUAUUUUAGUUCGGAUGUGAUGAAUGUCUGAACGGCGAAAAGUUGAUCUGGGAUCCGGUGAAACCACUUGGAUGUAAAUGUCCAGAAAGUAAUUAUGCCGGGCAAAUUAGUGAACAGUGUAAGUAUUAAUAUACUAGAAAUACAUGCAUGCAGAAACCCUUCGCUUGCAAAACCAUUAGUAUAUUUUCCGAACAUGAAGAAUUUAAAGUCGUUGACUUUCGCACGAAAAAACGAUAACUUUAUUUAAGAACAUUUUUAAAAUUCAAAUAUCUCCUAAAAUAUCACUUUUAAUUACAAAAUUAUUAAUUUCCCAAAACUAUAUAUGUUGGGUAUUUUAUUGUACGUUAUUAUGUGUACUAUAAGCUUCAAUUUAAGGUAAAAUUCAACCACAAACGCUUCGCAAAACGUUUUAGAAUGUUCUUAAAACCAAACUACCUUUUAUCGAUAAACUUUGAGUUUCAAAUAAAAUGAAAACAAUACAUCAAUAUUUCAAACAAACUUACCUUCAUUGGCAUGGGUUUUACAAUUUCCAGUAAUUUAUUGACUCAUUCUUAUAAACAAAUAAAUUUUUCGACUGCACGUCUCAUUAGCGAUAUUUCGGGUUUCAGAAUAACGUUUUUCAGUCUCUGGUAGCAAACGUCGGUGUUCUUGCUAGCUUCUUUAAGCAAGUCUUCGGGCUUUUUCUAAGCAAGUCUUCCGGAUGGUUUCCGCCUGGCUAUUUCUUUAAUAUUUUAUUUGGUUAAUUUUUUAAUUUUCUUAAAAAACCCGUAUAAAAAAACUCAAAACUUUGCAAAAUUUUUAAAAAGCAGAUAUAUAAUAAUUAUUUAACUUUCAUAUAGUGGCCGUUAUUAUGCUGUCGUGAUCAUGAAGCGAAAUUUAAAUUUGACCAAUCAGUAUUUUCAUGACAGUCCGACGUAUUUUUUAGAUCAGUGAAGAGGUCCACCCUUGGAUCAUAGCCAUGCGCCUAGGAUAUUUGAUGAACUAUAGACGAACUAUAGACUUACUUAUCCUGGGCUUACGCCCAGAACGGCGCUCCGCCGGGGCUCCACCGCAAUCAGGAUGUCAGGAUCAAGUUCUAUGUUUAUUUUAUUAAGUAUUGUUUUUUAAAGAACUCGAUUAAUGGGCAUAUGAUGUUACCUAGGGAAGGUAUUAAUAUUGUAAAAGCUAAAUUGUGACGAUAUUUGCCGCAAAGUGAGUCAUGAACCUGAAACUCUAAAAGCUGAUGUUCUAACCAUUUAAAUCGCAUAUACGCAAGGAACAGUUUGGAAUUUAAAAUUACAAUAUUUCUAUCCCGUUGCUUUUUUUGCCGCACUCCUGAUUAUUCUGGGAGCAAAUGAUGAAGAAGAUGCUUGCUGAUGACAUUCGACUGUUAUCUUCUUGCAUUGGUAAUCUCCGUUUGCUUGUCUAGGUCCUUUGGCAUUAGAUUUUUUUGGUGAUACCGUAAACCAAUAUGGCAUAUCCACUGGAUCUCCACAGGAAUUGGAGUCUAUCACUGCAUGUUUUUGGAUGUCCGUUCCUGAAGCGUAUGUAAAGGAUCGUCGUGUCAAUUUCAUAUCUUAUGCUUCGUCUAAUUCGCCAAACGAUUUUCUGUUAGUAUUACGACCAAGCCUGGACUUGCUGAUGAAAAAUACAGUCUACAGGUAUAUAUCCUUGAAUCAUUGUUUUCUUCUUAAAUUUGUCUGUGAUUAAAUAAUGAGAUCACACCACUAUUGGGGCAUCUAUGAAAAGAACCCCAGCGAUGUUAGCUAAUGCGGCCAAAAAGUGAAAAUUUGGCAAUAGUUUCUUCUUUUUUAUUCAUUUAUUAUUAUUAUUAUUUAUUGAUUUGUAUAAAUAUUAAAUAACAAUGGUAUAAUGGGCUAGGGACCUUUAGAAAUGCAAUUGGACUUUUACUGCCAGGGCCAUACUUUAGCAUUCAAGUGAUAAAAGACUAUGAAAGAAAAACUACAACAAAUUGAAUAAUGAAAAAGUACUAAGAUAUAAAAUAGUACAUUAUUAUUAUGAAUGUUCCUAAGGUUAAUGCUAAGAUUUUUGUUCACAUGCAUUAAUUAGAUGAUAAGUAAUGGGAUUUUGCUUUUCUCUUAAAAGAAAAUUAUGUUUUAACAUUUUUAAUUUCGUCGUCAAGAAAAUUCAAUCAAUUAUAAAUCCCUGUGUUAAAAAUAGUAUAUUUACGGUAGUUUGUUCUUGAAGUAAUCAUUAUAAAAGUCCAAAAAUUUUUGGCAAUAUUUGCCAUUACCAUCGACCAAACAUUCACUUCAUAAUAUUCAGAUGCUCAUUAAUAUUCGCUAGUAAAAGUGAUCAACGUUGAUUAACGCUAUGCAGUUAUCUGAGGUCUACACCACUAUAACCGAAUCUGGAAUUAAAUCAAAUUUCCACAUGAGUGAAGGAUUUAAAUACAGUGGCGUACCCAAUCCCACGAUUUGGUCCGGCUAUACAAAUUUUAACUCAUUAUUAUUAUUCAUUUCUUUAGAAAUUGAUUCUGUUGAUUGUUUAUAAACAUGGCAAUAUUUGCAUAGUAGGACUGAAUCACCAGGCUGGCCACACCCCUGUUUAAAUAUGGCAAUUGUAAAUAGUAUUUUAAUGAUAGUUGAUAUCAAUGAAUUGCUGCAUUACUGCAAACAUAAUAGAUCAGGCGUUGUAUCUAAUUGGCGAGCGAAAAUUCUCCAUACUCAAUGCGAUCCUGGAACAAAUAAAACGGCGCUAAUUUCCUAGUUUUAUCCCCCCCCUUCUCUCGCAUGUUAACCCCUAUGUUUAUUUACGUAUGUAAGCGCUUUCAUCUGUGUGUUUACUGUCGAUGCAAUAGAAGUGUUGAUAAAAUAUUGUAUCAAUUCAUUUCCUGAAGUUGAUCAAUUCAUUUAACAGAAAAUUUAUCAACUUCCUGUUACUUCUAGAUGAGCCAAUUAGAUUUCGUUUCAGAACCGACUGACCAAUAGGAAACGCACCGGAAGUAAAAAGAAAUUUGAAUUCGUAUGAAUUGAUCAACUUGAGGAAAUGAAUUGAUGCAAUAUUUUAUCAACACUUCUAUUGCAGCGACAGUAAAUAAAACAAAACGUGUAUUCCUUGCAGCGCUCUUUUUGUUUUUAAUAGCACUAACGUGCACCUUGCUGACGGAAAACUUCAUCACGUGUGUGUCACAUGGAAGUCAUUAGGCGGCCAAUUUAAAGUGUACAAAGAUGGUGCUUUGGUCAAGACAAUGGAUAACAUCAAGAGUGGCGAAAAAUUUAAUGCAGGUGGGAUAUGGGUGAUUGGUCAAGACCAGGAUUCCUUAGGAGAUGGUUUCCAAACCGGAGAUUCCUACAAGGGCAUCUUGACCGAAGUCAAUAUUUGGAAUGAAAUUCUUCAUUUCGAUGUGAUCAAACAUUUUGCAAACGACUAUGGUUUGCCGGUGCGAGGAAACUACAAGGCUUACAGCGAUUUUGUUAUCUCCAGUGCAACUGAAUUGAUUAAACCGUCAUGCUGUCCCUUGGCACCACUUCCUGAAGCAUGAUAUUUUCUCUGAAGCAUGAUAUUUUUUCUGAAUCAUGAUAUUUGUUAGAUUGCAC